UGAAAGUUCAAGGGUUAUCUCGGCCAUGUGAUGGCGUUUCUGACUGUUUGACAUUAAAGGCUCCGGUUUUAAAUUAAAGAAACUAUAGAGAGAUGCGAUUAAGUCAAUUCCUGGCCAUGGCUGCCAGGGUGGUUGUGCCGCAUGGUUACCGUUAUGGUACCAAUCGUCCUUGGACAGUUGCUGCCCAGAAGAUGAAUCCAUCAGGUAAAAGACGACGCAAGGUGCAUUUGGAAUCCAUGUCCCCAGAAGACUGGACAAUUUUGAAGGGAGACACAGUGGCAAUCCUCUCUGGGAAGGACGCUGGUAAACAGGGAAAAGUCGGCCAAGUGAUCAGAGCACGCAACUGGGUGAUCAUAGAAGGACUAAACACGCAUUUCCGUUACAUUGGCAAGUCUGCAGACUACCGUGGAACUUACAUUGCCAGUGAAGCUCCACUCAUGGUUAAAGAUGUUGCUCUAAUUGAUCCAGCAGAUUGGAAGCCUACACAGGUAGAGUGGCGUUUUACUGAAGAGGGUGAAAAAGUGCGAGUUUCAGUGAGGACUGGUCGCAUCAUCCCUAAACCUGUCGUACAGCGGCGGGAUGGUAUCAUACCAGAGCAAUGGAAAGAUGGGCCUAAAGAUACUUCAACACCGGAUGCACUAGAUAAAACAUACAUCGCCUCAUUAAAAACAUUUGAGGAAGAAGUCAUGGAGAAGAUGGGCAUCGUGGAGACUAGAAGACCUAGGAAAAGCUACUGGUAUUAAAGUUCAGACUGUUGUGAUUUGGUAUCCAUCUAUAAUGAGCUUGUGAUGCCAUGAGGAUACAUUUGCAUCAAAAGCAUAUAAGAAGAGUGGCAAUCUUACAGUGAACUUCUGCUGCUUUUAGCAAGUAAGUUGGCAGCCUAAGACUGGUCUUCGUUCACUGUGUACUGACCCCUCCAUGCGAUGUACAUUUUACUCAGGCUUAAGACACAGAAUGAGAAAUUGCUUUAUUAUUCUGAGCCUGACUGAGAUUGUCAGUUGUUCAUCUUUUUUGUAUAAUUAAUGUGAACAUUCUGUCAUAUCAUUACUAGAGUGUACAAAACAUUCCUACCUGGGAGAAAAAAAGAAUAAUUAAAUAUUCUUGUUUUCCAAACGCA